AUGGACUCGCCCGUCCUCAACCAGCUGUUUCGACAGCUCUUUCGGCAUCCGGCCUGCCAGUCACUGCGAAGGCCGCCAUCCUCAGUCUCCCGCCAAACACGCACAUUUCUCACCCGGCGGACACCCACUAAGCGCAAAUCCCAGGGCGAUGGCUUGCUCUGGACGAAGCGCGGGGACUACCCAAAGAACAUCGACGAGGAGUACUGGUCAUAUCCAACGGUGACAGCGAAGGACCUGCGGAAUCGGCGCGAGCGCCCGCGGCAGGUUAAGAUGCUGACCCGCGAGUUUAUCGACGACAGUUUGUAUAACCCGCAUUACGGCUAUUUUUCGAAACAUGCGACCAUCUUCAGUCCCGGCGAGCCAUUUGACUUCAAUAGCAUCGAAGACGGACCUGCCUUUCAUCGGCUCCUAGGCCAGAGAUACACGGAGUUUGAGGACCUACUCGAUGAGAAGAAGCCAGAUAUCGCGCGGCAACUCUGGCAUACACCGACCGAAUUGUUCAGGCCAUAUUACGGCGAGACAAUUGCCCGGUAUCUUGUCUCAAAUUACAAGCUCACGCUGUAUCCAUAUCACGACCUGAUCAUCUACGAGAUGGGUGCUGGAAACGGAACAAUGAUGUUGAACAUUCUCGAUUUCAUUCGUGAUACAGAUUACGAGGUGUACCAGCGCACCAAGUACAAGAUCAUUGAGAUUUCGCCUGCCCUCGCAGAUCUGCAGACGAAAAAUUUGCUGGAGACCCUCAAUUCCAAGGGCCAUCGAGACCGCGUCGAGAUCAUUAACCGGUCUAUUUUCGAUUGGGAUACAUAUGUGCAUUCCCCCUGCUUUUUCCUUGCCCUUGAGGUGUUCGAUAACUUCGGUCAUGACACCGUCCGCUACAACAGUCGUACCGAGCUCCCACAGCAAGGUGGAGUGCUGAUCGACGCGGACGGCGAGUUCCACGAAUAUUUCAACACACAGCUCGACCCUGUUGCCGCUCGCUUUUUGCGCGUCCGCCAAGCUGCAUCCCGGCGCCCAUUCCACAGUCCACUUGGUCCUUGGUACCUUCGUGGCAUCCGCUCCGCGCCACCCUUUGGGAAGGAGUUCUCCCUGCCCGAAUAUAUCCCAACCAGACUGAUGCAGUUCUUCGACGUGUUGAAUCAGUACUUCCCAGCCCACCGUCUUGUGGCAAGUGAUUUCAGUUCCUUGCCAGACGCAGUACCUGGAUUGAAUGCACCCGUGGUGCAGACUCGAUACCAGCGGCGAACCGUGCCCGUGACGACUCCAUUUGUUCAUCAAGGUUACUUUGAUAUCUUCUUCCCCACUGACUUUAACGUCAUUGAGGACAUGUAUCGUGCAGUCACUGGUAAAUUGACUCAGGUCAUGAGUCAUGAGGACUUUGUGGACCGCUGGGCUUAUGUCGAAGAUACGGAGACGAGGAAUGGGGAAAACCCGUUGUUGACAUGGUACAAAAAUGCCAGCAUGUUGAUGACUGUGUAA